CCCCCCCCCCCCAUGCAGGCACAUGCAAACAGACCAAAAAACUAACAGGACAUGAAAGAAAGAAAAAGGAAACGAAAACUACCUCCUCUAUUGGUCCUUGACUGAUUUAGAACGGCAUUUUUAUCCUCCAGGAGUCUAGGACUCUGCUACCAGGAGGUUGUCAUAUACUCUGGUAGUGAGCGGUUGUUUUUCCCUCCCUCCCAUGUUAUAGAUAGCACUUGAUGUUUUAUAGGAGGAAAAAAAUACAAUAAUAAGGCAUACCAAUAAGGGAAAAGAUGUAGUUUAUAGGUCAUAGUGCUUGGCCUCAAGAACUGAUUUUUCUACUACUUGCAUUUCUCCCCUUUCAAUUCACUAUUAUUAUGCACUCUAUUUAUAAAUACAAGAAUGAUGUUAUGUAAUUACCUAUUCUUUGCUUCUCCCAAACAGAAAGAUACAGGUGACCUUACUGCUCAAAACAGUGAACUGAAAUUGGAGUUGCAAACAUUGGAACGACAAGUGCACUUAAUAGACGUAAAGGAAGAGGUCCAGCAUCCGGAAGUGCAGAUGGGUCAAACAAUUCAAAAUAGUGGACCUAUGAUGAAUCUUCCUGCAUCUUAUGGAGCCAGCCAGCAUCCCGACCAUGACGAUAUGGCUACAUUGUUAACUGUUCAACAAUUUCAACAGCUCCAUAUACAUUCUCAGAAUGGGCAGCAACAAUAUUCAAUGCAGCCACAGGCUCAAGCCAGAAACUUGAAUCUAAGAGGUUUGGGGCCAUCUUCCAUUCAAAAAGACAAUGCUACUUCAGGCACAUCACCAGAGGAUUAGAAUCUGGAACUGGUAGAUGAGCUGGCUGUUGGAUGGUUAUUAGUUGGUCCAGAAUCUUGUUGGUUGUAGUUUUGAUUGGGUUUUGUGCUUUUGGUUAGUAUGCUUACAUGCAUCAAACUUUAACAUGGCUCUAUGUGGAUUCUGUUGAAGUUUAGUUUGUUGAAUUGCAAAGAUUAUUAUCCAAAUAUUGUUCUGUUGAGUAUGGGUCUUCCAUUGGACACUAUUUUC